AUGGGGACCUUCAACCUGUGGACAGACUACUUGGGUUUGGCACGCCUGGUGGGGGCUCAGCGUGGGGAGGAGGAGCCAGAGACCAGGCUGGACCGCCAGCCAGAACCAGUGCCAGAAGCGGGGGGUCAGCGACCCAGCCCUGAGUCCUCACCCGCUCCCGAACGCCUGUGCUCUUUCUGCAAACACAACGGCGAGUCCCGGGCCAUCUACCAGUCCCACGUGCUCAAGGAUGAAGCGGGCCGGGUGCUGUGCCCCAUCCUCCGCGACUACGUGUGCCCCCAGUGCGGUGCCACCCGCGAGCGCGCCCACACCCGCCGCUUCUGCCCGCUCACCGGCCAGGGCUACACCUCCGUCUACAGCUACACCACCCGGAACUCGGCUGGCAAGAAGCUGGUCCGCUCGGACAAGGCGAGGACGCAGGACCCUGGACACGGACAGCGUCGCGGCGGCGGCGGAGGUGCCUGUGCAGGUUCCAAAGGUGCCGGGAAGUCUUCUGGAACUCCUCCCUCUUUCUGCUGCCCCUCUACUUCUGCCUAAGGAGACCGGCGCAAGCAGGAUGACGCCUUCACCUGGGGAUGGGGACCCAGGCUCAGUGGAGGCUGGGUUUCAGGGAAGACCCACCCUCCGAGGAUCCGCCCCUAGACGGUGCCUCCAGCCUGGGGGCUUGGCAAAAGACCCGGGUCUGGGACCACCGUCCUAAGCGCGCCCACCCCCGUCACAGAAGGAGGUGGUCCUCAUGCACCCCUGCCCUUCUUCCCCAGCGCUGGGCACCCAGUCAGCUCAAUAAAUGUUUAU